UUUCUUUAGAUAUUUCUCCUUCUUUUCAGUUUCUAACAUGGUAUCAGAGCUAUAAGCUCUUGGUUCUUUUCUCUUAUCAUCGCUGUUGGGUUUUUUGGAGUUGGAUUUUCAAUUCCAUUCCAGAUCUGAAACUUUGUCAUUAGGAUCUCUUCUCAUACAGAUUGGAUUGUUUAUUCUCGAUUCUCAGACCCUUUCUGAGGUAUUUUGUUGGUUUGUUAUUUCAAUCUUGGCAUCUAUUUCUCCAUAUUUUUAGAGUUUUUCAAUAUUGUGAGUUUAUUGAUUCUAUGACGAGUUUUGAAAGGAUUGUAACUCAUCCUGCUACUGCUACGGUUGCCAAAGAAGUGAUAGAACAACCUAAUGUCAACCUUAAAUCCCUAAAACAGGUGAUAUUAAAUCUUUUUAAUGCUCCUACUGCCUUAUAUACUGCUCUGGGUACCAAACCUUGGUAUUUCGAUUCUGGUUGUUGUAACCAUAUGUCUUCAAUUACUGCUCAUUUCUCUUCAAUGUCACCUAAUAAUUCCUUUCCUGAUAUUUAUUCUGCUGAUGGUUUCCCUAUGAAUGACCCACGGAGAAGACAACUUCUUGGAACUAGUCGCAAGGUGGGGCAUUUGUUUGAGCUCAACUAUCUGCAUAUUCCUGAUAAUAAAAUGGAUACACCAUCAUUUCCAAAUGAUCGAUUCAUCCAAGCCCUGCUUUGUGCUAUUGAAUUAGAGUCUUUGCAAAUUCCAUAUCAACAAAUCUUCCAAGUCUGUGCUGCUACUAACAUUUCUCCUCUCCAUUUGUGGCACUCACGACUCGGACAUACCUCUGUCGAACUUCUUUCAUUGCAGUGGCUUCUUGAAGAUAUGGGCAUUCCUCAACCUUCUUCUACUGAUUUAUAUUGUGAUAAUCAAAGUGCUAUGCAGAUUGCUCAUAAUGAUGUCUUUCAUGAACGCACUAAACACAUUGAGGUUGAUUGUCACUUUAUUCGCCAUCAUGUCAAUCUGCAAAGCAACCAGCUUUAUCUUUUUCAAGUAGUCAUUCUCAUUCUACUGCUCCUUUUGAUCUUGUGCAUUAUGAUGUUUGGGGUCCAUCUCCUACACCCACCAUGGGGGGUUCCAGUUUUGAGAACUGACAACGCUACUGAAUAUCUUGGUACUAAACUUCAAUCUUUUUUGAAAGAACAGGGUACACUGCCACAACAAUCUUGUCCUUAUACUUCUGAACAAAAUGGGCGAGCUGAACGCAAACACAGACACAUCCUUGAUUCUGUUCGUGCUCUGCUCAUUUCAUCCUCUUGUCCAGAGCGAUUUUGGGGUGAGGCUGCUCUUACAACUGCUUAUCUUAUUAAUCGCAUUCCAUCAUCAGUCCUUAAUAACCAGUCUCCAUAUGAGCGUCUACAUGGUAUUCUUCUUGCUUAUAAUCUUCUUAAGGUUUUUGGUUGUGCAUGUUUUGUUCUUCUUCCUCCUCAUGAACAUAACAAGUUAGAACCUAGAGCUCGAUUAUGCUGUUUUUUGGGUUAUGGGAUUACGCAAAAAGGAUAUCGUUGUUUGGACCCUGUGUCACAAAAACUCCAAGUUUCACGUCAUGUUGUAUUUUGGGAACACACUAUGUUCUCAUCAUUGUCAAACUUCAAAGUGUCACCCUCUCAUCAACCUCCAUUUUUUACUAAUCUUUCUAUUGAGCUAUUUCCUAGUGAUUCUAAUGCAGGUACAUCUGAUGAGCUCUACAAUGCCUCACCACAUGCUCCAACCAGUUCUGUAGAAGAUGAUCUGCCUGCUAGUAAUGCAUUAGAUAAUUUUGAGCCUUCUUCUACUUCCUCGUCUACAAAUGAGCUUGUUGUCCCAUCCUCGAGUCAUCCUACUCAGAUUGCUCAUAAUGAUGUCUUUCAUGAACGCACUAAACACAUUGAGGUUGAUUGUCGCUUUAUUCACCAUCAUGUUGCACAAGGAACUGUUCAUUUGGUUUUCAUUGACUCCGCUGAUCAACCAGCAGAUCUCUUUACCAAGGCUCAUUUUCCUGGACGCUUUCGUACUCUUCUUUCCAAACUCAAGUUGGUUUCAUCACAACUACCUUGAGUUUGAGGGGGGAUGUUAAAAUGUGAACAUAAUUAUAUUUAGAAUUAUUGUAAAUAUUUUAUACUUUAGAAUAUUCUCUUUGUAUACUUUAUACCUUAGAAUAUUCUUUUUGUAAACACCUAUAUAUAGGUCAUUGUACAUACAGUAUAAUUCAAGAAAGCAAUAAACCUUUC